AUGGCCACCUCUUCUCGCCCAACUCUUGUAUUCUUUGCGGGUGCAUUUGCCGAUCCUUCUUGCUUCGAUGGCAUUGUGCCUCUCUUUGAAAAGUCUGGCUAUUCCUCUGUCUACGCUCGCAUCCCUUCCUUGAACCCAGACCCAUCCGGACUGGCUUCAAUAUCUACUGCUAAUGAUGUUUCUGAGGCUCGCAAGAACGUUUUAUUGCCACUCAUUGAGGAGCAGCAUAAAGAUGUAAUUGUUAUUACUCACUCUUACGGAGGAGUUGUUGGAGGUGCCGCUGCUGCUGGCUUGAGCAAAGCUGCGCGCAGUUCUCGUAAUGAAACUGGUGGUAUCCUGGGUUUGGUAUACUGGGUUGGAAAUAUUGUUUCUGAAGGCGAGACCUUACUUCAGGCCGUCGGUGGCACGUACCCUCCGUUCCUCAAAAUAGGAAAUCCAUCUCCAGGUCUUGCCGUUAUUGAACCAGUGAUGUCGAUUCUUUAUGCAGCUUCGGACAUCUUUUUGGCACCGGCUCUAGAAGCUGCUAUGCUUCCCCACGCUGUAGCAGCACUUGAAACCCCAGCUCCAGCCCCUGCUUGGGCCGAGACGGCGUUCGAUGGACGCCGGGUUUACAUUCGUACUUUCGACGAUCAAUGUAACCCGUUGUUCUUACAAGACAUUUGGAUUGAGAAGAGUGGAGUCUCGUGGGAUAUUGCUGACCUUAAAACAUCCCAUUGUCCUUUCAUCAGCUGUCCCGAGGAAGUUGUUUCGAAAACUCUUGCUUUCAUUGAGAAGUGGGUUCAAUAA